UGACGAGACGCUGAUUGCACCAAAUUGUUGUACUACGGGAGCAAAUCGGGCAAUGAAUUACUAGCUAGUAGCUAGAACACCAAAGUAGCUAGAUAGGCAGCUAAUUAUCGAAUAUAAACCAGGGAGGAGAUUCAGGAGUCAACACCAAGAAAGAGCUCUCGAUAAACUAGUGAAAUAAAUGCCUUUACGCUGAAAAAUGGGUGGAGAUGUGUGUAAAUAGAAGCUAGUAACUUAGCAGGCUGUCAACGCAAUUUUCAAAGCCAGAUAGUUUUUUUUGUUUGUUGUUGAUAUCAUUAGCUAAUUGGUUGGCAAACAUUAACUAGAAAUUUAUAAAUCGAUUAACCGUGUCAUCUCGUGUGUUGAUAGCUAGUUAACUAUUUAACUAGCUUGCUAUUAUGACAGUCGAAACAUUGGUAACUAGUUGCGCUUGGAAAUCGAACGAGCAGGCUCUUCAAGAGGAUAGCUUUAGAUAGCCUAAGGUGGCUACGGUCAUUCAAUUAUCCAAAGCUGAUAGUAAACAACAUCUACGCGUUAUUGUGAAUAGGUAUUGAUUGCAAACCACUCGACACUUGGCAAACAUCACCGGGAAAUGAAGAAGUUCUUCGAUUCACGCCGGGAACUUGUUAGUUCCGGGCCUGGUUCUGGAGCGGGUGGAGGAGGCACUGGGUCCGGCAGCAGCGGUGGCAGUUUCAUUGGACGGGUAUUCACCAUUGGACGGUAUCAAGUGACCGUUGAUGAAACUGUUGCUGAAGGAGGCUUUGCCAUUGUGUUCCUGGUGCGGACCCACCAGGGGGUCCGCUGUGCCCUGAAGAGAAUGUACGUCAACAACGAGCACGACCUGCAUAUCUGCAAACUAGAGAUCCAGAUCAUGAGGGACCUUGUGGGCCACAGGAACAUUGUGGGUUUCCUGGACUCCAGUAUAACUGCAGUGGGAUCAGGAGAUGUCUGGGAGGUCCUCAUCCUCAUGGACUUCUGUCGUGGCGGUCAGGUGGUGAACCUGAUGAACCAGCGUCUGCAAACAGGCUUCACUGAGGCAGAAGUGCUGCAGAUCUUCUGUGACACCUGUGAGGCUGUGGCCCGCCUCCACCAGUGCAAGACGCCAAUCAUCCAUCGAGAUCUCAAGGUGGAGAAUAUCCUGCUCCAUGACCGGGGACACUACGUGCUGUGUGACUUUGGUAGCGCCACCAACCGCUUCCAGGACCCUCAGGCAGAGGGCGUUCCACUGGUGGAGGAGGAAAUCAAGAAGUACACUACUCUGUCAUACAGAGCCCCAGAGAUGAUCAACCUUUACAAUGGCAUGGUCAUCACUACAAAGGCAGACAUCUGGGCUAUGGGCUGUCUACUGUAUAAACUGUGCUACUUCACCCUGCCAUUUGGGGAGAGCCAGGUGGCCAUCUGUGACGGCAGCUUCACUAUACCAGACAACUCCCGCUAUUCCCCGGACAUGCACUGCCUCAUCAGAUACAUGCUGGAGCCUGACCCAGAGCUGAGACCAGAUAUCUACCAAGUGUCCCACUUCUCCUUCAGGCUGGCCGGGAUAGAAUGCCCCAUCCGGAACGUACAUAACUCUCCUAUUCCUACAAAACUCCCUGAACCAAUCAGAGCCAGCGACGCUGUGGCCAAAAAGAGUCAAUCCAAAGCCAGGCUCUCAGACCCUGUCCCCACAAUGGAGACGUCCAUCACGCCCCGUUCACGCCCCAAAGCUGGAGGGGCCCAGUCCAUAGGCAUCCUGCCCAUCCAGCCGGCCCUCACCCCACGCAAGAGACCCAACAUGGCUGCAGGAGGGCCCCAGCCCAUAGGUGUUUUAGGCACCGCCCAGCCUGCAGUUGCUGUCCAAUUAGUCCAGCAGGCCACACCCCCACUGGCUCAGACCGCCCCUUCGCAGCCCAUGGCCACGCCCCAGCAUCAGCAGGGUCUCUUCAUGAAGCAGCAGGCUGCAGCUUUCUUCAGCCCACAGCAGCAGACCAACCAGCAUCUGGCUCCUGGACGUGGGCUCCACAAGGUUGGCACCCUGACACCCCCCUCCUCCCCAAAGAUGCCCCCCCGAGGCAGUCACAGACGCAUCCUGAGUGACGUCACCCACAGUGCUGUGUUUGGGGUCCCAAUCAGCAAGUCAACCCAGCUACUGCAGGCGGCUGCAGCAGAGGCCAGCCUCAACAAGUCCAAGUCAGCAAGCACCACCCCCUCUGGCUCCCCCUGCUCCUCCCAGCAGAGUGUGUACCAGCCAGGGGAGGGCGGUGCCCAGACAGCCCCCUCUGUACCCACUGGCAGCUGGAACCCUUUUGGUGAUGACAACUUCUCCAAGCUCUCUGCAGAGGAGCUGCUCAACAAGGACUUUGCCAAGCUGGCCGAGUCUACAACAGGGGAGAGGGCCAGCCUCUCCACAGAGAACCUCAUCUCAGGGCUGCAGCCUGUCUCUGCUGCUGGGGCCACAUGCAAGGCUUUCCCAGCUGAGAGAACUGCUGACAUCCUGGGUUUGGAUGCAGGCUCAGCGAUGUUGAGUGUCCCGGACCCCUUUAACGCCCUCUCCCUCUCUGACACCACAGAGAAGCUGAUUGAGGGACUGAAGUCCCCUGAGACAUCUCUGCUGCUCCCUGACCUUUUACCCCUGGCUGACCCCUUCAGCAGCUCUGCAGAGGGCAACAGCAAUGCAGUGAAGGCUGAGAUGUGUGUGGACUCUCUCAUCCCGGGCCUGGAUACAGUCUCAGCCAGCCUGCCAGACUCUCUGGCUGGAGAGGACUCUCUGCUGGGCUGCUCUCUGCUGUCUCACACCUCCACCCCUGGGGAUCAAACUAUCUGUGCACCGCCCUCCUCCUGCUCCUCUGCCCCUCCUGGCUCUGCUUCCUGUCUGGACAAGCUAGCUCCAGUCUCAUUUGGCACUGCCCAGACAUCUGCUGAAUCUGCUUACCUCAUGUUGGGCUUCCAGCCACCCGAGGCUGGGGAGAAGGGCACUGAGGACGAGUUUGACCCCAUCCCUGUGCUCAUCUCCAAACACUCCAACAACCAAGAGCUGAAAGGGGAGAGUAAAAGCCACGCUGUGCUAGACAAGGGGAGGUCAGAGAUUGAGCUGCCUGAAGAAGGCCACAGAGCAGACCAGGGCUGUGUCCACUCCAGCGAUGAGGAAUUUGAGGAGGAAGACAAGAGAAAGGAGGAGCAAUGCAGGAGGGCCAGUGAGAGUGAUGAGGUGGGCCAUGACUGCAGUGGUUCCAGACCUUUGCUGCUGGAUUCAGAUGAAGAGGAGGAGCACCGGUCUGAAUUACACCUCCCACCCUCCCAGCCACGCCUAUCACACCCACAACUCUCCACUCCCUCCCACCAACCUACCCCAGGCCCACAUGUCCCAUGCCAGAAUAAUUCCCAACAGAUGCCCCAGAAAGCCAGGGGGGGUGAGGUUGUCCCUGAUGUCUUCUCCAAAGCCCCCUUCAAGGUUGGACAGGAAGAGGCAGGCGAUGUGUUCGCAAAUGCCCCGUUCCCACGUCCCAUUGUUGUGACUCAACAGCAUCCAGAUGUCUUCCUGCAGGCCCCCUUUGUGAAGCCCAAGACCCUCCACCCUCACCCAGCUGUGCUUUACCCUGUGGCCUCUGAAACAGCCCUCUUGAGCCAGGUGGCCCCACAGCCUUUCCGCCCACAGGCCCUGGCCAAGUACUCCCGACACUUUCAAGGCCCAUUGCCUCAGCAGCCUGUGACCGCUCAGAGGGUGUUGUCCAGCGUGAGCAGGCAGACUGCUGUGAGCUCAGUACCCGUGGGACCCUUACACUCCUGGACUUCAGAGGUGAGUGCAGUAGACCCCUUUGUCUCUGCGCCCUUUCACCUCAAGGCCCCGCAAGAGAAGCCCUGAAAGCUCCCAUCCUUCCCUACAAAGCAGGGGAGCCAGCAUUGGAGGCCACACCUGUGCACACUACACUAAAGCAUACACACUGCAUGCUGUCACCAGCACCGGGGCUGGGCUGCAGGGUGGCAUAGAACUCAAAGAUCUUAUCCUUUACAAACUCGGAAAGGUCUUGAAAUUGCGCACGGUCAUCAUUGCACUUUUUUGCUGCAUUAGAGUAGAGGUUCCAGUCAGUCUCAGUUAUCCCUGUGCUGGUAGCUGUCAUAUCCUUUGGUAUGCAUAGAGGAUAUGGCAGUUGUUGUUUUUUUCUGCCUACCUCAGUUUGUCCUCAGCUUUUCCAUUUGAGCGAAAACAUUGCUCAAUUUAGAGAGCUUCUUGACAGGGGCCAGUGUUGGAGGUUUAAAAUCAGACAGGACACACACACACACACACACACAUCCCCCGUUCUAGGGUUAACCGCUUAAUGAAAUUUGACCCUCUGCUCCUUUACUCAGUUCAUCAUCCAUUGCUCUGUAAGGUCCAAUAAGUAUUCCCAUGACAGCCCUGAUCUCUGUGUGAUGAUGUCACUACUCAUCCAGGGGUUAUCCUCUCACAGGGGCCCAAGAAAGGCCUCCUGUAUUGGUUCCUCUACAUGUCUUAUAUACUUCUGUUUGUUUUGGAAGUUAUCUGAUGACCAUUUUAGCCUAUUUAGUGGUGUAUACUUUAUACGAGGUAGGUUAAUGUACAUCUGGUGGUGCUGUCAUAUUUUUAUAAUUUAUAAUAUUCAUCCGAUGCUGGAUUAUGUUGCACAUGUCAAACUAAUGCAUUAUGAGUUGACAUUUUAGCCUUUGUUUUGAUCCAAUCCUUCUUUUCACUUGUGUUUAUGGUCACCUGACUCAGUGCUGCUAAAGUCAGCCUAAGGCAUCUGUCACCUACUGUACAUGCAGGGCAUAUAGUACAGAGCAUACCUUACUGAGGCCAAAGGUCAGAGUUUCACCUUAAACAUGUCAUCACUCAUGGGUGCCUCUGCUGUAUGUAAUUUGGUGUUAGUAGACUUUAAUUUUGAACUGAGGUUGUUAAUGUUGUAGCAGAGACGCCUUGUAGAAGUCCUCAAAUCUCACGACCAGCACUGUCGGCAAAGUCCCAGUCAGCACCUCCACUACACUCUGUCAGCAUCUAUUGUUAAUGCUAUGUAACUCUAUGCACUCACAUUCCACACCUGCUCAUUCAAUCAUUUUCUUAAAUAGCAAGCCUACAUUCUACCUGCACUCGAUUCAAUAAGAUUUGGAAACCUUUACAAUCAGCAACCAAUUCAACCUUUACAAAUCAGCACCCCCUGUCAGAAUAACUAAAAACCCUUGUGAAGCACCUCUAGCAAAACACACAACUUUCACCUGUGGCAAGUCAGACACACACUUCCCUACACAUGCUCAAAAGACACAAUUCCAAGUCAAGGGUCAACACAUGGUUUCUUCACAAACCCAUAAGCUUUCGCACUUCUACACCAGAUUUUGCAUUCCUUUUUUUAUAGCCAUAUGAAAUGCUGAUAUGGUAUUCUGCUGACUAUUGUAGAGUCUUGAAGCACUUUUCAAUGUUUGCGAUCCAUUACAUGACUUAGUGAUGGUGUGGACCAAUAGACUUUCUCAGCUACUUGAUCCAAAAUAAGAAUCCCCGUCUUAAAAGGAGAAAUUAUUCUGAUUUGCUUUUUGUCAUUUGUGAUUACUCUUUGUAUAACAUGUUAAUUCAUCUGCUGUGCAAAUGAAGACUGAACACCAUCAGCAGCAAUGAUAAUGUACUCUACAAUUACAUGUGUUGAGGUGACACAGCUUUCUGAAGUUGUUGAAAUUGUUUUUUUGUGUAGGUCCUUUCCUGGAUAACUUAAAAGCAGCAUUUCUGUUUGAUUUGUCUGACUGUAGUAUGUUGUGUAGUAAAGUGUGGUGGCUGAUUCAACAGCAAGCCUCACCUGCUGAACCCUAAAGGCACCCAUAUCAAAAUACUUGAGUCAUGCAUAGUUUGCCAUUCAACACCAUAUCUUGUAUGUCCUUGCGUAAAGAUGAAGAUAAAUAAAUGUAUGCAAAACAAGUAAAUCUCAUUUGUAAUUUGCAUUUGUGUAUCAUGAGACGCACCCAUAUGCAAUGUAUGUUAUAAGAUGAACGUUCUCUACCUUGUGGUUAUAGGUAUGUAUUACACUGAACUAAAAUAAAUGCAACAUGUAAAGUG